AUGGCUUCUGCUAUGAAAUUUCAAUACUAUUCGAAAAAGGCUGCUGCCAAGUCGAUGUCAACUACCAUUUCAAGUCCAAAUGACAAUCAAAGAAUGGAAGAAUUUAAAAGAAGAUUUCGUCGAAGCGGAUCCCUUGGAAUUCCUUUUGUACCAGAAGAGGAUGUUAACCAACUCUUUUCGUCUCCAAGGAAACAGUCAAUAAUACGCGAGGGUGAUGAAGAAGGCGUUCACAUUCUCACAAUAAUCAUCAAGGCGAGUCGCGAGGCAACCGAUAUUUGCAAAAUGGUGUCCAGCUUGCCAGUUCACACACGCGUGAAGCAUAUGGAGACUCGCGAUAGUCAAGAUGGCACUUCUACGACGAUGGAUGUUCUCCUCGAACUAGAACUUGUCGAUAUUAGAAAAGAUGAAGCAAUUGACUAUAUGAGAAUGAGUGGAUUGGAUGUUCAUGAAGUGUCAUUCACCAUACGCCCAACUACAAAUGACGAGUUCACCGAACCAGGAUCGGAAGAUGCUAUCACUGGAUCUCAGUGGUUUCCCAAGAGCAUUUAUGACCUUGAUAUAUGUGCCAAGCGAGUUAUAAUGUAUGGCUCGGGUCUUGACGCAGAUCAUCCAGGUUUCAAAGAUCAGGAAUACAGGGACCGUCGAAUGAUGUUUGCCGAUAUUGCGUUGAACUAUAAACAUGGAGAACCAAUUCCGCGAAUUGAGUACACCGACCAAGAGAAGAAAACGUGGGGUGUCAUCUAUCGUAAGCUCCGCGAGCUACACAAACAGCAUGCUUGCAAACAAUUCCUUGAUAACUUCGAGCUGCUUGAACGCCAUUGCGGCUAUUCUGAAUUCAAUAUCCCGCAACUCGAAGACAUUUGCCGUUUCUUGAAAGCGAAAACUGGAUUCCGAGUUCGACCAGUGGCUGGCUAUUUGUCGGCCAGAGAUUUUUUAGCUGGCCUCGCGUUUCGUGUGUUUUUUUGCACUCAGUAUGUUCGACACCAUGCCGAUCCAUUUUAUACUCCAGAGCCGGAUACGGUACACGAACUGAUGGGCCAUAUGGCAUUGUUCGCCGAUCCUGACUUUGCUCAGUUUUCCCAGGAAAUUGGUCUCGCAUCCCUAGGAGCCUCCGAGGAAGAUUUGAAGAAAUUAGCAACUCUCUAUUUUUUCUCCAUCGAAUUUGGACUUUCUUCGGACGAUGCCGUCAUUUCGCCAGACAAGGAUAAAGCUGGCCAACGCUUCAAAGUUUACGGUGCUGGAUUGCUAAGCAGCGUUGGCGAGCUGCAGCAUGCUGUCGGAGACGGCGCCGCGAUUCAUCGCUUCGAUCCGGAUCGUGUUGUAGAGCAAGAAUGCCUUAUAACAACAUUCCAGGACGCUUAUUUCUAUACAAGAAAUUUCGAGGAAGCCCAGCAAAAACUCCGAAUGUUUACAAAUAACAUGAAGAGACCGUUCGUGGUGAGAUACAAUCCCUACACCGAAAGUGUCGAGGUUCUUAACAAUCCAAGAUCUAUAAUGCUUGCGGUAAACUCGCUUCGCUCAGACAUCAACCUUCUCGCAGGAGCUCUUCACUACAUUCUCUGA